AAAAAUGAACAUAUAACCUGCGGGUUAUAUGCCGGAAAAUACAGUAUUUAAAUAAAACCUUCAGUUGAUUAUAAAAACAAAUCGUUUUUCAUAUUAUAAAUGAACAAUCCCUAAAAUAAUUUAUUUAAUCUAUAUUAUAAUACCCGUAUACGUCUGUCAUGCAAAAUUGUAGCUUAGCUGCACAAGAAGCGGGAUGCACGAAAUGCGGUAUAAAAAGGACGGGCGAAGCCGUAGAUUUUUUCACUGGCUACCAACAAGUACAAAUCUCUGAGAUACUGCACCCUUGGUGUCUGACAUAAAACAAAAGUUGAGCUCCUGCCAUACCGUAACCGUUUUUUGAGUUUUUUUCUCAUUCUGUUUAUGUCUUUUGAUUAUACACAGCAGUAUGACAAGUGUCUUUUCUAUGCAUUAUUAUGGAUUUCACUUUUACUGUGAAACAACACAUUUUGGUUAUGUUGGAAGGGUUAUGAUAUUAUGUUGGGAUGUAUAUAGACACCACGCCUUAACAUCAUUUGUAAGUUUAGAUUUUAUAUGAAUCUAACCCAUUUAGACUGAUGAAGAAAAUAUUGACACCUGUAAUGAUAAUGAUAUAAAGUGUAUGACAAGAUGACCAAAAAUGUUGGACAAGAAUGCUUCAGACUACUAAAAAAUGUCUUUAAAUUUGAUGAUUAUAAAUCCGGACUACAAGCACAAGCCGUCAAAAAAAUUGCAACAGGAGAACGAGAUGUGUUUAUAUGCUUUCCUACUGGUUCCGGCAAAUCGUUAUGUUACCAACUACCGGCACUUCUCCAUGAAAAAGUUUCUAUUGUUUUCUCACCACUACUGGCCCUCAUCAAUGAUCAAGUGAAAAGCUUGGAAGAUCUUGGUGUUAAUGCAAGGACUUUAAAUUCUCAAGUAACACCACGGACUAAGGAUUUAAUUAUGCAUGAUUUAAAUAGUAAAAACCCUAAAAUCAGACUCCUUUAUAUAACUCCGGAAUUAGCUAGCACUUCAAGGUUUUAUGAUGUUUUACGUUCAUUAAGAAAGAAGAAUAAACUUGGAUAUUUUGUAGUUGACGAAGCUCAUUGUGUCUCACAGUGGGGUCAUGACUUUAGGCCAGAUUAUCUGAAAUUAGGAAAGCUGCGUAAAGAUUUCCCAGAAACCCAGUGGAUUGCUUUAACAGCAACUGCAACGAAAAAAGUCAAGGAUGAUAUAAUCAGAGCAUUGUGUUUACAUCCACCAGUUAGUGUAUUUCGAACAAACAGCUUCAGAUCAAAUUUAUUUUAUGAUGUUAGGUUUAAAGAACUUUUAGAUGAUCCAGUGGAAGACUUGUGUAAAUUUCUGAAUAAAUCCCUUCAAGCUGAUCAUGAAGUAAACAUGGAGGAGAAAAACUGUGCAAUUGUGUACUGUAGAACAAGGGAAGAUUGCAAGAAGAUUGCAGAUAAAUUGACAAACAAAUCAAUCAUAGCCAAGCCUUACCAUGCAGCUUUGACCAGAGAUAAAAGAAAUGAAAUACAACGUCAAUGGAUGGGAGGAUGGGUACCAGUAAUUUGCGCUACAAUAAGUUUUGGCAUGGGCGUUGACAAGUCAAGUGUAAGAUGUGUAGCACACUGGACUGUUCCAAACUCUUUAGAAGGUUACUAUCAAGAAAGUGGCAGGGCUGGUAGAGACAAAAAACCUGCAUUCUGUAGAUUAUACUUUGAUAAGCAUGAAAGGGAUCAAGUGUCAUAUCUACUAAAAAGAGAUAUAGAAAGAAAGAGAGAAAAGAACCGAUCAUCAUAUAACAGUGAUACGGCUGACAUGUUGAGUUUUGAGGCUAUGGUGAAAUAUGCUCAAGAUAUAAGAUGUAGGCAUGAAACGAUAGCGAAAUAUUUUGGUGAUGACCCACCUCAGUGCCACAAAUCAUGUGAUGUGUGCAAGUAUCCAGCUAAAGUUACAGCCCAAGUAAAUGCAUUUAAAGAGAACAUAACAUUUACUUCGACUACAAUUAGUAAAAAAGCAGAUAACGAUACCUCACAAUUAUAUGGUGGUGGAAGAAAUGGCACCGAUACUGCAUAUGAUGAUGGUGAAAUUCACUCGGAUGAGGAAGAAUAUGAAAAAGAAGAUAAUGGAUUGACUGAUGUUGUGCAAAAAGAAUUUCAAAAGAGAAAAUCUAACAAUGUUGUUGCGGAAACAGCUAUGGAUAAACCUUCUCUGGACACAAAGCUAUUAGAACCCCACAGUAAAAAGAUACCGAAGUUACAAAUUAGUGUUCGAGAACAUUGUAUGAAACUUAUCACAAGUGCACUCAGAUCAAAUGCAAGCCUCGAUACUGUUGAAAGUUCAACACUGGAGAUUCAACAGUUGGCGUCGAAAGUCGAAUUUUAUGCAUUUAGAACAUCUCGUUUGGCUACCACGUAUAAAAUGCAUUGCUUUCAAACGGUGCAAGAAAUCAAUCAAGCUUCUAAAAUAGGAAAGGUUUACAUGUUUGAUGAAAACGCAAAGAAAGAAGAGGAGAAGCCACCUGUUUUCGUUAAAGCUUCGGAUAUGAUAAAACAGAACAAAUCACCACCCAAAGACCCACGUGCUUCCCGACACAGCCGCAACAAUUCAACUAGUAACCAUUCGUCGCAAAACGAUCGCAAACGAAAAUGUAGCGAUCCUCGUAAGAGGCGAAGCCCCAGUCCGAAACGAAGUCGUUCGCACGAAAAAACGCGUAGAAACGGUGAAGAACGUACUUUGAAAUCUCAAAGUAGAAACAGUAGUAAGGAAGAUAGAAGACGUCGCGUAAAGGACAAAUUUCAACGAGGCUAUUCUUCACGUAGCAGUUCAUCGUCGUCUACCGGUUCGGACUCCGUAGAAAUUGUUAAAGAAAAAUCGAACAACGAUGUAGCAACGAGGCUGAAAGCUUCAGUUAAUGACGCCAUUAUGAGAGAAAUGACUAUCGAUAAUAACGAAAACGAGAUAACCACGUCCGAUAAGGAAAAAAAUAAAACAACAACGACCGACGAGGAACGUGUGACGAUUAAUACAGACGCACAUUCCGACGGCGGUGAAAGUGACGUGGAUAUUAUAAAAGAGACGUCGUCUACGGAUAUAAGAAAAGAGUUAGAACAAAACUUAAAAAGCGGCAGCCAUUCUACGCAGGGAAGAACAAGAAAACAUUCACAGUCGAAAAUAGAUAAGACUAAAAAGAAAUUGCAUUCUGGUAAAAAGACAUGUUUGGAAGUUAAUAAAAUGUCUUCGUAUCUAAAUAAAGCGACAGGCCUUGUGAAGACCUCCGGUGGUGCGGAAAGUAAAAGUAGCAAGCACAACGAAAAAACAGUAGCGCAUUACGUGGUCAAGUUUUUAUCACACUAUAACGAAAUCGGACGAAUCGAGAGUAAGGAUUUAUUCAAAGCACUGGCAAAAAGUAUAACGUAUAAAAUUAUGAAGGAGAAAGAUAUCAUAGUGAAAAGCCGGACACACGAGCUAGUUCAUAAGUAUUUCAGUGGUGGCGCCCGCUGCGAAACAACUAUCGACCUCGAACGAGUAAAAUUCCUAUGACUAAUCGCUACGAAAAAAACCAAUGAAGUAGAUACAGUUCACAUUUUUAAUAUUUGUCUUUAUGUAUUGUAUAUUUUGCUACGUGUAUACAAAGUAUUAUUUCUAGUUGCUAGCUUUUAUUGAUUAAAGACAACAUGAACACAGAGUA